AAAUGGAAAUCACUACAGCUACAUCAACGCCUACUCGUUAGAGCUAGCUGCUUUCUAUUCUUCUUCUUCUUCUUCUCCUUCUUCUUCCCUUUCGCGCCUCCUUUCGGGGUAUAUAGCUAGAUAGAUAGAUCUCUAGUUCGCGCCUUGCUUCUACGAUACGAUACAAUACAGCACAAUGUCUAUUAGCCCUUUGCGCAUCCCACCUCUUUCGCUGCUUCUCCUCCUCGUUCUCCUCUCCGUGACGCCCUGGACGCCCGCUCCCCGACUCCCCUCGCCCCACGGAGGCAACCUCGCUCGUUCGCGCCCACUCCUGCGAUGGCCUCUCAGGCGGCCGGUCGUCCGAACUUAUUGGGGGAGGGGGAGCAGCGCGACUGCGUAUCCAGGUUGAUUAAUUACCCAAUAAACAGAAAUUUAUCAAACCCCGGCUGGCGACCCUAGUGCGGCUCGUCUGGUAUUGUCGUCGCCCGCGUAACGUGCCCGUCCAGCUCAUCUCCCUGACCCCAAUCUAUGUGGGAGGUGGGCAGGUAUACGUGCGACAGCGGUUCGGGGGCGGGGGGUAAUUCGACGAUGCGGCGGCAGCCCCGCGGCCAAAGUAGGGGAAGUUCGUUGACCUAUCACACCCCAGGCUUGCCCCGUCCUGGAUAAUUUCCCGCCGGGGGGGGGGGGGACCACAUCUGGCCGCCCCAGGCCCGGCCCGGCCCC